CGAUUUUUCUCCUGGGAAGGAUUACAUAAGAGAUCAUGGUGUUUGGCAAGAAACAAUUACUAUACAACCCGCAAGUAAGUAUAUAAUUCAAAUAAUUUCAAUCGUCAAACCAGCCACGGCAAAGUUGCAUAUUUUCUAUUACUAUACAUGGCUUACCCUUACUUACAUUAUUUCUCCAUUUGUGCAUAUAAUGUACACGCACACAUUCCCGUCCAUGCUCAAAUUGCAGAAACUAAUACCACAGUCUUUUUGUGUCCUUGUUGCAAACAUGCACAUACAUGGAUCUCAGAGUGAAGAUUUUUGGAUGUAAUAAAAAUGACAUGUUGUUUUAGGCAAGCUUGAGAUUUGCGCUAGUCAGAGGAAACAGUUCUGGGAGGAAGAUAUUGAAGAUUUCCUCAAUUUGUCAGACGACGAUGAAGAUUGGAAUGAAGAAGUCAUCUCAUAUGCUGCCAAACUUCAUCAAGAAUUUUUUCAAUUGGCAAGGUUUAUCUCAAUAACAAUGAAAUAUAGCAGAGAUGUACUGUAUCGAUGUUUUUCCCAAAUAGUGAUUUAAAGCAGCUACGUUCAUUUGCUUUAUUUCCUUUAAAAUAUUUUGGAUUGGGAAUAUGUGGAAGGAUAUUGCCUUUAUUAUCUGCAAAAGAGUGUAUGGUGAGCAUGAAGCAGAUGAUAUUGAUGUUUUUGAUAUACAGGUUUGAUUUAAUAUUAUUGUACUAAUAUACCCAACACAGAUUGAAGUAUUUCAACAGCAACUAGAAGGCAUUCCCUCUACGAAUGCAUACCUCCGCCCAUGCACAAAUUACUUGUAGGUUCAGUCAGUUGUUAUGUUUGUUCUUGUUAUUUUGGUAAUUCUUACUGUUAUAAAUUUUCAUACCUUCAGUGCAAAGAAUGGGACUCCAACUUAGAGAUACAUUUGGCCCGCUGCUAGGAACGGGGGACUACGGCCACCUUGUCACCAAGCAUGCCUCAAUGUUGAUGCGAACAUUUGGCUCCAUGAGAGAGUUUAGUAAUCAGGGAUCGAGAGCUCUCAUAAGGUCGACCGCAGGUUAUAUCAGCAAGCGACAAAUCAUGACAUGCACCAGACAAAUUUAGUUUUCAAGGUUAGUUUUUAGACAAUAUUAGGUUUGUACAGCAAAGCGUUGUCAAAAUGAAUGUACAGCAUAAGACGGUACUGUGUUGCAAAGUAUUUUAAAGGUGUAGUAUAACAGUCCUAAGAUGCGGUACAAUCAGCAACCUUGUACCCAGGGUCUUUCCUCUUGUGGAGAAAACCUGGUAGACGCUGGUCACAUGAUCUGCUAAGAUCUAGCAGAUUUUUAAUUAACUAUCUUGGAUUCCUUUAUGGCAAUCAUACAAAAACCAAAUUAUAAAUUAAACUAUAAAAAUUAUCCAAGUAUCAAAUAUUUAUUGACCUCAUCUUGGAUUGCUAAUUAAAAAUCUGCUGCAUUAUAGCAGAUUGCGUGACCAGCGUCUACUACAACCUCCGUCGCAGGGACCUUCCACCGGCUGGGAAAGACCCUGCUAUCGGCUGGUCACGUGUCUCCCAGAAUCUGGGAGAUAACAAUAAAUUUCAAUUAGGGUAGGGUGGCUGAGUAGUAUUGUUAAUAUGUAAAGUUUAUGCCUGAAACGUUUUUGCGAUCGAGGAGUGAGAAAUACUAAAAAUUUGAGUUAGCCAUGGCGGUCAAAUAUUAAACACGGAAAUGAAUUCCCGCGAAAAGUAUUGCAGUCCAUUGCAAACCAUAUCAAAUUACAUAUCAAGCCAUGUGUUCAGUCUCAAAGCUUAUUUACCUGAAUGACUUCCAAGGAAACCCCCCAAAAAGCAUAUCAAGCUUCAAAUUCAUGGAUAGAUUCGUCUUCUUGUCGACUUUGCAGAGCUGUGGGCGACACAAGUUGCCGCAAGAAUAUAUUCAAGCCUUUUACGAGGCGAAUUUGCCCCAUCUCAUAUGUAGACCAUGCGAGCGCAGGCUUAAUUACAGUGUGGAUUUUCAAAAGGUAAUUGUGGAAACCGAGCAGUCACUUCACCAAAGCAAGUCAAGUCAAACCCGGUUCAAACGCUGUGUCGAUGUUUCGCCAUCUAUUUCCCAACCGCCAAGAUCUCGCCAAGUUACAUAUGCAGCGCCUUCAGCAAAACUUUGUUGUCGUUCGAUUCUUGUCAAGAAUCCCUUGAGAAUAUAGAAGUGAGUACGCACUAUUUGUCUGUUUAUUAGGGACAAUAAUAUAUAUUUUAUUGUGAUUUGUAUUAAACCACCUGGCAAGUUUUAAAUCAAACUGUUAUUGUCUAGUUAUACAUGCGAGUUCGCGCAAACAAUGCUAAAUUGACAAAAUUGUUGACAGAAUAAUUUGUAUGCUCUUUUAAAUAUAUGUAAAUUUUAGAUAUUACAGUCAAAAUGGCUAAAAUAUUUACUUAGAUAUAUGCAGCUAAACGAAUUAAACUUGUCCUCUACAAAGUUAAAAGGCCAAAACUAUAAAAUGGUCAAAGCCAAAUACAAAAGUUCGGUAGGAAAGACUUGUUUUGUGUAGCUGAUGUAGUUGUGUCGAAAUUUAAUAUCCGUUUUAUAAUACUGGUAAAUUGAAAUAUAUGGAGAACAAUCAGCCAAGUCAAGCCAAAACUUGAACAAAAUCAUACUUUUAGCACUUGCCUUUGACCUUUCAGCUUUGGCCUUUUAGCUUUGUCAAUCUUAAUUCGAUUCAUUUAGCUGUAUCAGAAUACAAUAGAAAUUAUGCAAAAUUACCCCAUAUAAAAAGGAUCCAAAUUAAUCAAAGGACCAUUGCUUUUAUUUUAAAAAUUGAACCUCAAAUAUAGACUUCUAUGUUUGUGUGUUAAACUAUGUUGUCUUAUAUUUGUCAUAGAAUGUAAAUCCUUUACAAGGUGGCCAGAGUUUAAAACAGCAACUCAACAUGCUGCUGAGAGAGGCCAAUAAAGAAUUGGUGAAUAUUACCAGAAGAGAUGAGCCAUCUGUGUUGAUG